AUGUCUGACCAGGACACGUCCUUCGAAGCCCUCGCCGCCUCUCCCGGCGAUUACGCCGUCCACUCCGAGUGGAUGGGUGAUUCCCCGCCCGCCUUGACCGUCGACUUCAUCCAGAACCCUCACAAUCAGAUUCAUCACAUCCAUCAAGUAGGCGGGAACCAGAAUCCACAAGCACAUAAAUCUCGGGGUUUCGACUCUACCACCGCCGGCGGCCCCGGCUCCGGCAAACCAGGCAUCGGCAAAGACCGGCUUUUGGCCGACGACUCAUCGCUGGCGCUGUCCCAACAGCAAUCCGUUUCCUCUCCCGAGUCCCUUUUGUCGUCUUUCCAGGACUCGUCCUCCGAUAUCUCUUCUUCCAAACAAACAUCCUUGACGGCCUUGUCCAGCCUUGCCGGCGGAACACCAGCAAAAAAGAGCCGUGGGCGAUCGUCAAAGGGCUCCACCAUAACGAAGGCCUCGUCCAACCCUAGUCGCCCCGCGGGCACCGCAGUACCAAAUCCUGCAGCGCGGUUGCACCAACAGCAAACAACAUCUGUCGGAGACGACAUUAUGAUGACGGAUGAGGGGCUGCGUGCAGGUGACGACCUUGGCGACAGCACACAACAGAACUGGAGUUUCCGAGAUUACCUGCGUCUGGACGACGACCAAGACGACGACGAGGACGACCAUAACCAGUCUAUGAACACCGAGAGCGACGGCUUUGCCACGAUCGAUCCCAAAUCUAUCCAGAAUACCCCAGGAUUCGGUGGUGCCGAGGACGCGUUAAACCAGGAAGCAGCUGCCGGUCUCCGCUCCAGUCUCAAGACAGAACCAACCGUCGGCUCGGACUUGAGCCCGUACAGCGGCGGGCCCUCUCCUCUGGAAUUCGUGAGCGCUACGAGUAGCCCGACUCCCGACGACCUGACGAUCCCCGCCUUCAACACACCGCAGCUAUUUUCUUCGGCGGUGGCCAUGUUUGGCCAAGCGCCCACCGACAGUGCCACAGAACAGCGCCGCAAGGGGCACAACAAGGCAGCAUCGUCUAUGAACAACCUCAACACGGCCGCUUCCCGUGAAGUUUCGCCCGUCUCCAACUUCGUUUUCGGCCAGGGCCCGUCACCAACGGCAUUUAUGCAAUCUUCGCAGUCGCCAAUUGAUUCCAACGAUUUUCGAUUCGGAUUUUUGGGAAACGGCGGCGCCGAUCCGAUUCAGAUGGCGUCCAACUUCCUGUUCCCGGAAAGCAUGCCCGCGAGCCCGACGUCAGUUUGGCAAGGGAAUGUCCCUCAACAACAGCAGCUUCUGAACAACGUAGCAGCACAGAUGCCAGUGUUCCAACAAGGCCCGGCCGCUGCAACAACAGCAGCAGCACCGUUGAACAACCAGCGACAACCGCUUCGAUUCUCCGUCGGUAUUGAGCCACACAAGUCACGCGUUGAGACACAGAUUCCCGUCACGAUUCUGCUGUCCUCCUUGCCACCGGACGUCACAAAGCUCCACCUGCCACCCCACACCAUCUCGAAACCCAAGCUGCUCGCGAAAAAUGCACCGGAGCACUCACCGGACACACUCGAGCUGCACACCAUGGUGGUUUGUACGAGCGCCAUGGCGAACGAGGCCAACCGGCAACGUGCCCUUGAGCGUGCUGCCGCCUCUACGUAUGGCCCUCAGGCGCGACCCAGUGAUGACGCCAGUGGCGAGGACGGUGACGACUGCCGUCCGGCGGACGGUGGUGAAGUCUGGAUCUGCAGCGGCUGCAUCCAGAGAGAGCGAAAACGCGCCAACCGUAAGAAGUCCAAGAAGCCAGAAGACGAUGAGGGCUGGAGCCGUGACGAGCAUCGGCGCAUCAUUAUUUUCAACACGAACGAGAUCAAGGACUGGCAGCACCCCACGGCCGCCACCAACUUGGGCCCGCAGAGUGAAAAUGCCGCCAUUGUCAUCCCGAUGCGCAUUACAUGUUACUGCCGGCACCACGGCGAAAAAGCUGGCUUCCAGGUGAUCUUCACGUUGAAAGAUUACCGCGGCCAGGUUUUGGCGCAGACGAUCUCGCGGUCCAUUAUGAUUACCGACGAUCACAAGACACCAACUGCUGCAUCUGCUGGAAGCGCCUCGGCAGCGCCCUCAGUCGUAGACGGUGAUGCCUCGGCCGGCGAUGUUGCAGACACAUCGAAGCCUUCUUCUGCCACAACAGUUGCACCCGCAUCCGGCACAAAAGCUGCUACCAAGACUGGCAAGAGCAAUCGCACCUCCCAAUCGUCCUCCGACCCCUCUGCACUUAAACGCGGAUCGGUUACAUUCUCGGCUCCAGAAAUCGACAAGGCAAGCAGCUCCAAUGCAAACUCAUACACCUCGGCUGCGGUUGCGGCUGCUGCCGCCGCCUCUUCUUCAGUAGCGGCCAUGGCCCGGGCGCUCUCGAGACCAGCCUCGCCGGAUGGGCUUAAGGGUCACUCAGCCAAAAAGCGGAAGUCGAGCGCUGGCGUCCCUGGCGCUCCGGGCGCCGCAAAGGUGCCAUCGGGGCUUGCCAUGACCCGUAUCGAGACGUCCCCCCAACCACAACAGCCCACCCAGCAACACGUGUCCGACUCGGGAAGCCGUCGUGCUGCCUCUUCUACAUCACCGGUGGCACAGUUCUCCAACAAUUCUACGUUCUUGUCACCGCCAUCCGGAUUUGUGCCUGAUACCAUGGCUGCGGCUGUCGACAUGGCUCUCCGUGCCGGUGGCUCGGGCGACCCCGAUAUUGACAGCCUUGCUGGAAUCGUCCCGAUGAACGCGGAUCCGAUGCCAACCGGCCCGUUGACACCGAACAGCCACACCGACCAGACAGCCGCGUAUAUCAAUGGCAACCGGUCGGGAAGCUUCGACAACAUCGGUCUCUCGCAGACACCCAUGUUCUCAGCACCAACUUCAACCCACCCGAGUCGCGCUCCGAGCCCUAACGGCCUCCGGGGUCCCAUUCACAUGUUCCAGCAGCAGCUCUUCCAACAGCAGCAGCAGCAAUUACAACAGCAGUUGAACCAAGCACAGUUCUCCCAGCAGUUCCAGAACGGGCUUUUCUCGCUGCCUAUGUCGCUACCUCAGACCGAUACGACACCGACUUCGCAGCCGGUUGUGCACAAGAUCAUCCCGGCCGAGGGCCCCAAAUCUGGUGGCAUCGAGGUCACAAUCUUGGGAAGCUCGUUCUACCAGGGUCUCGAUGUCAUGUUCGGUGACCAGCGCGCAACGACAACAACGUUCUGGGGUGAGAGCUCUUUGGUGUGUCUUGUGCCGCCAUCGUCUAUUGCCGGCCAUGUUCCCGUCACGCUGCGCCAGUCAAACCAGCGUGGUUCGGCUCAGCCGUUCGCUGCCAAUCAGCAGCGCAUCACAUUCAAGUAUCUUGACGAUGACGAACAACAGCUUUUACGCGCCGCUCUUACUGUCUUAUCUAGGAAAAUGACUGGGAAGAUUGAGGAUGCGCAGGACGUGGCCCGACGGAUCAUCGGCAGCGAAACAUCGACCUGGGGUACAUCCGGUGGCGGAACCAGUGGUGGCAGUAGUGCCGGCAGCACCCGCGGCGUCUCUGGCAAUGUGGCGGACGUGGCUUCCAGCACCGGUGGCCCCAACUUUGAGACGCAUCUGCUCAAGGUUUUGGAACUGAUCGACCUUGACGACUCGUCUAACCAGACGCGCCUGAAUAUGCAGCGCCGCACCACUGGCCACAGCAUGCUGCAUCUGGCCUGCGUUCUUGGUAUGCACCGGUUUGUGGCUGGCCUGCUCGCCCGCGGCGCCAACCCCGAUGUCCGUGACAACGGCGGCUACACCCCCCUGCACCUGGCCGCCCUCAACAACCAGCCCGAGAUUGUGCGCCGCCUGAUCCAUGCCGGUGCCGACCCGACGAUGCGCACGCUGUCCGGCCUGACGGCGUCGGAGGUCACAGCCUCACGUGAGGUGCUUCGUGCCAUUAAGCGGUUUGAGCGCCACGCCCGGUCGCGCAGCGGCGGCUCCCUUCACAGCCGCACUAACAGCGCGGCUUCGCUACGGUCUCUGUGGGAGCCCAUGAGCAUGUCGACGAUCCGCCGCCGUGCGUCUGGCGCUGGUGAAGAGGUGGAGACGGGCGACUCGGAAGACAGCAGCCGUGCCGAGGUGGAUUCCUCGUCAUAUGCCGCCUCUGGUGAUGACGAGGCCAGUAGUGAGCAAGAAGGCGACGUGGAAUGGCUCGAUAUGCGGCCUGGCUCACGUGUCAUGUCGCGGGGCUCUCUGAGCAUCCAUGGCCGACACGGUGUCCGUGACACAAGUCCCGACCCCCUCGCGGCUUCAAAUGUUGCUGCAGAUGCGGCUGCCAGAGGAGCCAAUGUCCCCGCGGCACUGGCAUCUCCGGCGGCCGCUGCCAUGUCUGCCUUCAAGGAACAGUUGUCAGCACACUUCCAGCAGCUCAUAGCCCAGAUCCCGCAGAUCCCCAACAACCCGCUGCCCGACUACUACCAGGCCUACCUCAACUCGGCGGCUUUCCAGCGCAUCUCAUCGCUGGUUCCGAACAUCAACAUCAGCGGUGCAAUGGGCUCGCGGCCCAACUCGUCAGGUAACUCGGAUGCUGGUGGUGCACCAGGCACCAAGGAAUUUGAAGGCCGCUGGUGGGAUCUGUCGUCGCGCAUGACUGGCUCGGCACCGCCGCCUGCCUACGAGGAGAUCUUCCCGCAAAAGAGUGGUGCUAUGGACACGAAGCAGGCAACGGCAGCCGCCGCAGCGGCCGAGGCUGAAGCCGACACUAAGUGCGCAGCGCUGUACGACAACCAGCAAGUCGAAGAACUCAACCAGCAGGCCACUGCCGCCAAGACCACCGCCACCACGCAGAUCGAAGACAACGGUGGGGAGAUUGACGACGAAGAAGAGUGCCUGGCUUCGACGCCCGUUCUCCAGAUCGGCCGCAAGCACCAGAUUACCAAGGAACAGCAAGAGAACUUCCGGCGCGUUCAUAAGGAGAAGCGCAAGGGCCUGAGUUCUGACACGUUUCUGUACACUGUCUGGAUUCCGAUCCUCCUCGGCGUACUGCUUCUGUGGCUCUCUGGCGCCCGUGCUUGGGACUUCUUCCCAUCUGUCACCUUCAACGUGCCGUACGCAACCAGCCUCAGCAACCCUAUCCGUCCUACCAGCACGAAUGCUGACAACGGCAACAAAGACAAAGACAAUGUGGCUGGCGAGAAGCAAAUAUUACCUGACCCUCCCGCUGUGGCCGCGAUUCCCAACAAUGACGCACAAGACGUCCUUGGAGGGAUCCACGGCAUCGUCGUAUAA